AAGAACGUAAAAAAUCUGCAUCAAAAAAUGAUUUUUUCAUCCUCUUUACGACUGCAGAAAAUUGCAAUGUCGAACUUCCGAAACACUCUGGGAUUGUAGAUGGAAAAGUUUUUAGGGACUAUUUUGGACCAUUUUCUGGCAGAGCAUACAAGUCCAUUAUGGCCAAGUCCACGCCCCCUAUCCGUGAUAAAGUCAAUAAUAUCCAUACCACUUCUCACGGGAAACUUUGCAGAGUAAAUCAAAUUAACAAA